AUGGCCGAACGCAAUCUUGCCCAGAUCAUCUCCCAGCUCAAGCACUCCCCCUCUAUGAGCUAUACCGAUGCCAACGCCCUCCUCUCAAAGGCUAAACUCGCCCUUCUCAAGCUCAACGCCCUUACACCCGCUCCCUCAACCCCGACGCAUCUUCUGCCUCUCGCCCGCGAGACCUACGAACAGGGUGCCCUAUUUGCCAUCCGCGCCCGCAACCCCGAAGCUUUCACCCGCUACGUCCAGCAACUUCAGCCCUUUUACGAACUUCCCGCUGCUGUUCUCCCCCCCAAUUUGGCCGAGCGCAACAAGGUCACUGGUCUGAGCUUGCUUCUGCUUUUGACGCAGGGUCGAUAUGCUGAGUUCCACACUGAGCUUGAGAGCUUGGAGAACCGAGAGGGUGGUGGCGGUGACGUCGAGAGCGACCGAUACCUUGGCUACCCUAUUCGUCUAGAGAGAUGGCUGAUGGAAGGAUCCUAUGACCGGGUAUGGAAGGCCAUGAAGAGUAGCGAGGUGCCCUGCGAUGAGUACAGCGUAUUCUCAGAAAUCCUUAAGAAUCAGAUUCGCUCCGAGAUUGCUUCCAGCAGCGAGCGCGCAUACCCCAGCCUUCCUAUCAGCUCCACAAAGUCCCUUCUCUUCUUGGACUCAGAGGGCGAUGUUAUCUCUUUCGCUCACCAUCGAGGCUGGAUCGUCCGUGACGGUAACAUCUACUUCCCUGAUACUGCUGAAGGCGAGGAUGGCGACCAGAACAAGGAGAUGAGCCAAAUGGUGAUAGAAAACGCCCUGGGCUACGCACGCGAGCUUGAGACGAUCGUGUAA